AGAGCAGCGCCGCGGUCUUUCCUCUUCCGGCGGUCGCUGACCUUGCCCGGGAGCAGAGCGGGCGGGUUGCGGUGGGGUUGAGGUGCAGCCUGCAGCGAUGGUGGCGUACUGGCGGCAGGCCGGGCUCAGUUACAUCCGGUUUUCCCAGAUCUGCGCCCAAGUUGUGAGAGCGGCGAUGAAGCCUCAGUACAAAGCGGAGGCAGAGAGGGCGGCAGUGGCCACGGUGAAGACCGUGAAGCCCAAGAAGGAGUAAGCUGUAAGUCCGGAACUGAUGUGUGGUGAAUACUCCAGCACCAAAUGGCAAAGCUGUGGACAAGCUCAAAACUGCAGUAUAAUGUCAUCACAUUAAUUGUAAAACUUGCCUCUAUAUACACAUCAGCUUGCUAAUAAAACGUAAUGUCUGUUAAACAAA